AUGUCCACAACCGCACAACCCCCACCCCUAUCAUCCAUCCUCUCCGCGCAAGACUUCGAAAAAGCAGCCUCUCAAUCCCUUACGCCAAAAACAUGGGCUUUCUACUCCUCCGCUGCGACAGAUACAAUUACACAUGAGUCGAACAGGGCUAUGUACGAGCGCAUCCUUCUCCGGCCGCGAAUCCUCCGCAAUGUCACCUCUGUAUCGAUGAAGACAAAUAUUCUGGGAUGUCGCAUGGAUUUACCACUAUUCAUGAGUCCCGCGGCAAUGGCGACAUUGGUUCAUCCGGACGGCGAGCUUGCCUUGGCGAGAGGAUGUGCGAGGUAUGGGAUUGGGAUGUGUGUCUCCACAAACGCAGCCUACCACCUCUCGGAAAUAACAUCCGCCGCAGCCAAGCAAACGAAGAAUAACAACACCCCAUUCUUCUUCCAACUCUACGUAAACAAAGACAGGGAGGCAUCGAAGCGCCUUCUCCGCACCGCAGAGCAGAACGGAGCGAAAGCGAUCUUCGUGACUGUGGAUGCGCCCGUCGCUGGGAAGCGAGAAGCGGAUGAGCGGGUCCCGCUGGAUCCUCACGAUAUCCGAUUUAGAACGCCGUUACCCAUGAGUGGGGCGUGUAUUGGUGGCAAUGAUGAGAAGGGAGGCGGGUUGGGAAGAUCAAUGGGACAGUAUAUUGAUGCUGGUUUCACGUGGGAGGAUCUGGCGUGGUUGAAAGAGAAUACUUUUCUGCCUAUUGUGUUGAAGGGGGUGCAGACGGCGGAGGAUGCGGUGUUGGCAAUGGAGUAUGGGGUGAACGGGAUUGUGGUUAGUAAUCAUGGGGGUAGGAGCUUGGAUACCUCUACUUCAUCGAUUGCUGUGUUGAUGGAGAUCCGGCGGAGCUGUCCGCAGGUGUUUGAUCGGUUGGAGGUAUUUGUCGAUGGGGGUAUUCGACGGGGAACGGAUAUAAUCAAGGCUAUUUGUCUGGGUGCGAAGGCCGUUGGUAUGGCAAGGCAUUUCCUGUACAGCUUGUGUUACGGACAGGACGGGGUGGAGAGGUUGAUUGAGAGUGUUAAGGUGGGAAUGCUGACGGUCGCAGUUAUGAGAGAUGAAUUAGAGACGACCAUGAAAUUGUUGGGGAUUACGAAUCUAUCACAGGCUCAUCCGGGCCUGUUGAACACAUUAGAUGUGGAUCAUUUGAUUCCAAAGCAAUCUGCGUCGUUGGAUGGCGAGCCAGCCAGGGCACGCUUGUAA